CAUCUGAAAGUGUUUUUCAUCGCUUUGUUACAUUGUGUUGCAGGUACCAUAUCCAUGGCACGCUCGAGACAUGAUAGUACUGGGUCCACACCUGUGGAACAGUACCGUAAGCAGAUAGCAAGACAAGACUCCAAAAAGAGCAAGGAGAUAAUGAGAGAGACAAAGCACAGGGCGGAAAAGAAGGAAAAUGCUCCUGCACAGUAUAAGGAGGUGAGCAUCAUGGUUGGAGCUAUGUUGGCACUAUGUGUCUGUGUAUAUUGCAUUUUUUAUGCUUUGCUUGCUGAUCGUUCUCAUUAAGAACAAUAGUACUACACCGCACUAUUUGCUUGGUCUGAAAAAUGAUUGAUUCCUUGCUUUUAUACUUUAAGAAUAACAAGUUUACAUUUAUAAGACUAAAGUCUCCAAUUACACAGGUGUUAAGUAUCAAAUGAGUGUUUUUAUGACAUGACAUAUUGAAAUAAUGGAAAAUAACAUGACAUCUAUGAUCUCGUUUGGUAUUUUCUGUAUAAAUACAACAUAAAAUAUUUGUUAUUUGGAUUUUCUUAUAGUGGAAUUAAGUACUGUAAUUUGUUGGGAAAGAGACUGAUUAUACAUUACCAUAAGGAUGCCACAGUCGUGUAAAAGAUAUUUUUAAUGUGGUUUUAUAUAAGACUGUACUGUGGUGUUUCAAAUUUUGCUGAUGGCAUCAAUUCCUAUUUUCUGUAAAAUUUUACAAAGUCAAAUAAACCUCC